AUGAGGCUCCAUCACCUCCUGUCAUUGCUGCCCGUCAUCCUCUCCGUCCAGGUUGUCUGUGCAGAGGGUCCCCAAACCACCCAGCAGUACCUGGACCAGGCCACCGCCCUCCUCGGCAAGGGCGAAUACAACCUCGCCCUCCAGAGUUACGAUGCCGCCAUCGACCGGGACCCCUCCAACUACAUGUCGUACUUCAAGCGGGCAGCAACAUACCUGACUCUGGGACGCAACAACCAGGCCUUGGCCGACUUUACAACCAUCCUCAAGCUCAAGCCAGACUUUGGCCAGGCUCUUCUCCAGCGCGGCAAGAUCUACACAAAGGCGGGAGAGUUUACCAAGGCCAAGCAGGAUCUGGAAGCAUACUAUGCCAGCCACCGAUCGACCGACCCCCAUAUAGAACAGGAGAUCCCUGCUCUCUUGGCUUCCUUGGACGAGGCCUCCAAGGCACUCGCCCUCGCCAAAGCUGCGGUUGCUUCAGGACAGACGGAGGAGUGUGUUCGCAUCUUGGGAUCCGCCAUCCUUACAGCUCCUCUCUAUGUUCCCUUCCGGUUGCAGAGGGCAGAGUGCCACUUGGCUCGGGGCGAGGUCGAGGAGUCUGUGAACGAUCUGAACAGAGCCACCCACAACGCCGCCACCAACCCCCAACUCAUGCACCGCCUCUCGACGAUGAGCUACUACUCCCUCUAUAUGCCCGAACAGGCCCUGGCUCAGAUCAAGCAGUGUAUUUCCUUUGACCCCGAGAACAAGCUCUGUAAGGCGCUCUUCCGUAAGAUCAAGACGACCGAGAAGGAGAUUGCCAGGUUGAACUCUGAUCUGGAGCACAACCGCUGGGCGGGUGUGAUCAACAAGUCUAUGGGAGGCGAAAAGUCACUGGUGCGCAACAUUGAGACUGAGACAAAAGCAAUGGAGACCGAGAACAAGGCCGUCGGAAAGAUGCCCAAGAGACUCCUAUUGAAGAUCUACUCUGCCGCUUGUAAAGCAUACACCGAGAACAAGGAUACAACGAACGCAUUGAAGUGGUGCUCGUCGACAUUGUCGCUGGACGAAUCGAAUGUUGACGGACUGGUUGGCAGGGGUAUGGCACACAUGCUGAACGACGACUUUGAGGAGGCGAUCCGCGAUUUCACCAAGGCACAGGAGCUUGCAGGGGGACAGGACCGUGACAUUCACGAAAAGUUGAGCAAAGCCCAGCGCCUGUUGAAGCAAUCGCAACAAAAGGACUACUACAAGAUUUUGGGAGUGUCGAGGAGUGCGACCGAGCGCGAGAUCAAGAAAGCCUUCCGCAAGCAGGCCUUGCUCUGGCACCCCGAUACCUACCGUGGCGAUUUGAGCCCCGACCAAGUAGAGAAGAGGAUGGCUGGUUUGAACGAGGCAUAUGAGGUCCUGAGCGAUCCUGAAUUGAAGGCACGGUUCGACAAUGGCGAUGAUCCCAACGAUCCUCAGGCACAGCAAAACCCCUUCGGGCAAGGCUUUGGUGGUAACCCCUUCUUCUUCCAACAAGGAGGCAGUCCAUUCGGCCAACAGGCUGGCGGCGGCGGCUUCCAGUUUGACUUUCAUUUUUAG